AUGGAAUGGUUCAUGGACGGGCUCCAGGGGAAGCGGGUCGUUCUCUCGGGCUGCGGAGGCGGCUGCGAUGUGCUUGGAACCUCCGUAAUCUACCAGCAAGUCCGAGGCAUAGCUGAGAAGGUGAUCUUCUUCAGCCUUUCCUUCACAAAGGAUGAGCUCCUCACGGCAACGGCUGAGCAGGUCUCCUCCAAGUGCUGGCGAGUGGACCCCGGCAAUGUAGUGAUCGCGGAGGACCCUCGCCAGCAGAUCUAUUUCCCAGAGGCGCGGAUGGCAAACGUGACAAACAUUCCCGUCUACACUCUGUCGCACUUCGCGACCAUUGCGCAAUACACAGAAGGCUAUGAAGCAGCCCUCAGACGCGAGUUUGGCGACAGAAAGCCAUCAGCAGAUGUGCUGAUCCUCUGUGAUGGUGGCUGUGACGUGCUCCUCACUGGAGCUGAAACCUCUCUUGCGACACCUGUCGAAGACAUGUCGCACCUGAAGGCGGUGUUGCCCCUGGACAUCCCGGAGAAAUAUGUUUCCGCCCUGGGGGUCAACAUUGACUGCGGCCACGGCGUCAUCCAGGAAGAGCUCGACCGACGCCUUGUGGACAUGCAGUGCUCCGGGACGAUGCUGUGCAGCUACCCCAUGACGCUGCAAGACGCGCCUGCAGUGUACUUUGCUGAGUUGGUUAACCGUUGCGCCCCAGCCCACAGCAUUGUCCAGAGUCUGGUUGUGGCAGCCAUGCAAGGGCACCGUGGCCUCUUCACGCCACCACAUUUGAAGCGGCGCAUUACCAAGAACAAGGUGCCGCUGAGCGAGCAGACGGCCACAUUCUUCUUGUUCCUGUUGGAGGCGCUGGCCUCCGAGAUCCUGUACCUCGACCAGCUGCAGCCAGAGCACACUGUCGAGCGCGUUGCAGAGACUAUUCGCGAAUUC